AUGACUAGAAUUGCUUACAAAAUGCCGCUGUCCAUAGGGGGAAAAAAAUUUAAAAAUUGGCAUAACCAUUCUACCAUUUGUAACUGUCGUUAUUAUGGUAAUUGUUGCAAUUCUUUUGCCCUAUCCCGAGGAAAAAAAAACCAUUUUUCCACCUGCACAAGGUCAGGUAAUUUAAAGGCAAGUUGUGCGCCCUCACGUGAGGUGAACAAUAAUGGGAAAGCUUCAAAGCAUAGAAUGACCCCCUUUUUGGAUGAAUAUGAAAUGAAAAUAAUACAUAAUAAAAGAAUUACCUUUUCUAGUGAGUUUAAAAAUAGAAUAAACGUUUUUCUGAAACCUUUAGAAGAAGAUGUAGUAACAUGUGAUGAGGUCGAAGAAGUUCCAACUGUGCAUACUGUCGAAAAAGACCAAGUAGUGAUUAUGGGCAAAAAUAUAGACAAUUCAGAGGUGCAGAUAAACACUGAGAUGUGUUCUAAAAUAGGAGAUAGGUACAUAAAUAAAGAAUCUGAGAAAAAAAGUGAAAAAAUCGAAAAGGAAAAGACAUUUCUAGAAAGAGUGAAUCGAAAAAAAGGUGAAGGUUCAACAAAAAAUCACAAAAUCAAAUUUCUUCCAUUAGAAAGAUACAUAGCACUAACAAAAAAUAAACACAAAUAUGUGUACGAUUUUGAAAUAAAAAACAUAGGAGAGUUAGGAAAGUAUGAAGCAGGUGAAAUUGUAAACAUUUACUUUUAUAACAAAGAAGAAUUAGGAAUUGGUAUUUUAAAUCGAAAGAGUAAUAUAGUACUUAGAAUAAUAGACACAGAUAUGAAAAAAACAAUUAAUGAUCAUUUUUUCCUUUGCAAAUUGUAUGAAAGUAUAAAAAGAAGAUUUCAAUAUUUAUAUAAAAAUAUCAGUAUAUAUAAUUUUAUGCACUCUUUAAAAUUUUCAAAUGGAGUUAACUUGUAUUGUAAAGUUGUUAAUUCUACAAAUGAUGAUUUGCCGGGCUUAUCUGUGUACAUAAUAGGAAAAAAUAUAUUCAUAAGAUAUGACAAUUUGGGAAUACAAAAAUUUAGGUAUCUCAUUGAAAAUGAACUAGAUACAAUCUUCUCACCCAAAAAUAUUUUUUGUAAAAAAAUUGUGAGUAAAAAAGAAAAACGGGCACAACAAGGAAAAGAAUAUAUAUUUGAACCCAUUAAGGGAGAAGAUUUAGAAUUGUCUUAUAGUGAAAAUGGACUUACUUUUUACAAUAAUAUAUCUGACAUAUCAUACGACAUUUUUCACAUAGAAAAUAAACAAGAUAGACUAUUUUUACGAUCCAUUUGUCAUUCAUACAACAUAUUAAAUGUUAAUGGAAAUGUGGGAGAAUACAUAAUUAGCUGUACAUCCAUUCCAGAUGCAACGAACACAUCUCCCCAUUCGGAGGAAAUUCCCAAUGUUUCUAUCAUCCUGUCCAAAUGUGCCAAAAAUGUGAAUUAUAUAGACAAAAACAUUUCACGCAAUACCUGUGGACAGGUAAUGUGUCUCUACAGGGAAGACAUCCUGGAUGAACUAAACAACAUGCACCUCAACAACUUAAGAUUUGGGCUCAUCAUAUACAACAUAUGUAGCAACAUCGUUUAUAGAACCAAUUCCUACACGAGUAUGUAUGGGAAGAGACACACGGCUUCCUUCAAGGGCAUACACAAAUAUUUGUUUUUCCUCUCUUACCUUUUGCAAAAAAACGGUUUACUAUUCCUCACGGUACAACUCUCAGCACAGGAUUACGACAAAUUUUUGAAUAUUGUCAAGUGUGUCUUUGAACGCAAGAAGAGGAAUCUGUCUAUAAUAUAUGAAAAUUCCUGCAGUUUGGAAGAUAACAUACUUUGCAAUGACUCGAAUACAUGUUACUUGAGAUCUGUGUGUUUCAGACUUGGACAUUCCUAA